AUGGAAAAGCAAGCAAAAGGAGCAAUUUUGGGAUUGAAAUAUGAUGUGCAAUCCUGGGAGCAGAAUGUGCUGGGCAGAACUGUCAACUUGACAGAAUAUACCGUACUUCCUCAGAGCGAACCAGAUGUUCAGCCUUAUAUCGUUGGAAAGAUACAGAUGUUAGCUUUCUGUAGAAUUUUACGGUUCGUGAUUUGGACGUGUGUGGAGAGAGUUGUGGCCAUUUUAGUACAGACAGUUCGGGCAGAAUGUGUUCCGCGGAUUAAUUUGGAAUCCUCGUGGGAACGAUACUUGGACUUGUCAAACGCUAUACUACAUCAAUCUUGUGCACUUGCAAGGACAGACCAGACGGGUGGUCGAGGUUCGUCCACGUCCGCUGCUCAUGAUGACCCUUUCAUACUUCUACUAGGGGGUGGGCAUGGGCAGAGUAGUCUGUUACGCACGGAGGCAGUUCCAUCUGGUGAGGUGGUGAUCCGGGCGGUUUACACAUGGCUUUCGAAGAGACGUGGGCACGCUUUAUGA